AUGGCUACCAACGGUACAACGAAACCCUCGGUCUUGAUUGUGGGCGGCCUCGGAUACAUUGGUCGGUUUUUGGCAAAGUACAUACAUGAACAGAAACUCGCAUCCACGGUGCGAGUGGUUGAUAAAGUUCUCCCCCAACUGGCUCAUCUAGCACCCGAGUUCGCAGAAGCAUGCUCACCCCAGAUCUGCAUCCAGGCCGAUGCCUCCCGCGAAACCUCCAUGUCCCGAAUAUUCGAGCACCCAGACGGGGCUGAUGCGAAGUGGGAUUAUGUUUUCAAUUUAGCAGGCGAGACCAUGUGGUCCCAGACACCUGAAAUAUACCGGCUGCGCUCACUGCAACUAAGUGUGACGUUGGCCAAAGAGGCGGCCAAGCGUGGAGUCAAGGCGUUCAUCGAGGCGAGCACUGGCACGGUGUAUGCUCCCAACCGGACUCCGCGCACGGAGCAAGACAAGUUGAAGCCCGGCCUCAAGAUAUCCAAGGUCAAGUUAGAGACCGAGCAAGAGUUGGCCAAAAUACCCGACUUGAAUCUUGCCAUUCUUCGCCUCGCCUGUGUCUACGGCGACUAUGACUCCAAGUUUGUUGCGAAAGCCUUGUGUCUUUCAAGGGUGCACCAAGAGACCGGAGAAGAGCUCAAAUUUCUAUGGACCGAGGAUCUUCGAAUCAACACUGUCCAUGUGGAAGAUGCUGUGCGAGCCUUUUGGGCUGUAGCAGAGUGGAGGACUAAGAACGACACCAUUCCGCCCCUCUCCCCCACCUCGAGCCGGAGAGCAACACUGGGUUCCAAAGGAGAAGACCCUCCAAGCGGAAAUGUGCCCAUUUUCAAUAUCGUAGAUCAUGGCGACACGAGCCAGGGCAAGCUCGCAAGCGUCAUCUCGCAAGUUUUCGGCAUCAAGACCGGAUUCCAAGGCUCUCUGAUAUCUCAAUUUGCCAGAUUCAAUCUCGAGCGCGUGGUCGACGAGGUCAAUGAGGACUGCCUGCAAGAUUGGGCCGACCUGCUGGAACGAAAAGGAAUCACCCAGCCAGGCCCACUGAGCCCUUUUCUCGAGAAGGAGCUGCUCAAAGAUGCCGAUUUGUGCCUCGAUGGAAGUCUCUUUGAGAAAGUCCUCGGCUUCAACUACGAGCACGACUCCGGACUGACUGUCGAGCGCGUCAAGCAGAUGAUUGUGAGCUACGAGAAGAUGGGUUGGUGGCCCUAG